AAGCAGUCUUCUUGCUUCCCCUUCCCUUUCACCAACCGCUCCCUCCGACUUCGAUAUUGAGACAGCAACUUCUCUCCGUCCUUCCCACCAUUAUACUCCUUCCUCCUCCUCCUCUUACUCCUCUUACUUUGCUCAUCCGCGGCUUCAAAAUUCCGAUCUUACUUUCUCUGGUGGUUGGAUCGUUGGUAUGCGAUAGAUCUCCCCCUCCCACCCUUUCACCUCAUUCUUCUUCGACCGUGUUUGGAUUUGAUCAGGAUACAUUGGCUCAGAUCUCCUUUCAGUCUCCUGGACUCCGCAGAGAAUGGCGGUCUCCGGUCCGGUGACCCCUGGUCAGGUGUCAUUUUUGCUUGGCUUUUUGCCUGUUUUUAUUGCAUGGUUAUAUUCAGAAGUUUUGGAGUACAGAAAGUCUUCAUCUCUAACAAAAGUUCAUUCAGAUGUGAAUCUGGUUGAACUGGAUAAAGAAACUGUAAAGGAUGAUGAUCGGGUUGGUUUGCUUGAGGGAGGCCUGCCAAGAUCUUCAUCAAGAGGGUCUAGUUCAUCAGCCCGAACAAACUUAAUCAGGUUUAUAUCACUGGAUGAAUCUUUCUUGCUUGAACAUCGAAAAUUGCUGAGAGCCAUGGCAGAAUUUGGAACGAUUCUUGUAUACUUCUAUGUUUGUGAUCGAACCAAUAUAUUUUCACAAACUACCAAGAGUUACAGCCGAGACCUAUUUCUUUUCCUGUAUAUUCUUCUUUUUAUAGCUUCCACCUUGACGUCUCUAAAGAAGCACCAUGACAAAUCAGCUUUCACAGGAAAAUCAAUACUUUUCCUUAAUCGUCAUCAAACUGAAGAAUGGAAAGGAUGGAUGCAGGUUUUAUUCUUAAUGUACCACUAUUUUGCUGCCACUGAGAUAUACAAUGCAAUACGAAUAUUCAUUGCUGCUUACGUGUGGAUGACUGGCUUUGGGAACUUCUCUUACUAUUAUGUACGGAAGGAUUUUAGCCUUGCUCGGUUUACUCAGAUGAUGUGGCGGCUAAAUUUCUUUGUGGCCUUUUGUUGCAUUGUCCUGAACAACGAUUUCACCCUAUAUUAUAUCUGCCCCAUGCAUACGCUUUUUACCGUCAUGGUGUAUGGAGCACUCAGUAUCUUUAACAAGUAUAAUGAGAUUGGACCUGUAAUGGCCAUCAAGAUUAUUUGUUGUUUUCUUGUAGUGAUCUUAGUCUGGGAAGUACCUGGGGUAUUUGAUAUCCUCUGGACUCCUUUUACAUUCCUGAUAGGAUACAAGGAUCCAGAGCCUUCCAAGUCAAAUCUACCACUCUUACAUGAGUGGCACUUUAGAUCUGGCCUUGAUCGCUACAUUUGGAUUAUCGGGAUGAUAUAUGCAUAUUACCACCCUACUGUUGAAAGAUGGAUGGAGAAGCUUGAAGAAUCUGAUAAUAAGAGGAAACUCUAUGUCAAAACAAGCAUAGUUUCAGUUUCCUUAUUGGUUGGUUAUUUGUGGUAUGAAUACAUCUACAAGCUAGACAAAAUUUCCUACAACAAGUUUCAUCCAUACACAUCUUGGAUCCCAAUUACUGUUUACAUCUGCCUACGGAAUUUUACCCAGCAGCUUCGCAGUUCCUCACUCACUCUCUUUGCAUGGCUCGGCAAGAUCACACUAGAGACCUACAUUUCUCAGAUCCAUAUUUGGCUAAGGUCAAACAUGCCAAAUGGCCAGCCGAAAUGGCUUCUUUGUUUCAUUCCCAAUUACCCUUUGCUUAACUUCCUGCUCACUACAGCGAUCUAUCUCUUUAUAUCCUACAGAAUAUUCGACCUGACGAAUCUAUUGAGGACAAUAUUCAUCCCAAGUAAAGACAACAAGCGCCUUUUUCAGAACUUCAUUUCCGGAGCAACCAUCUGUGUCUCGUUGUACUGCAUCUCAUGGGUUCUUCUUCACAUUCCUGGAGUAUCAGUUUGACAGGGUGAGCAAUUUUCAGUUAGUAAUGAAAAUGAGGAUGUUUUUUGUCAGUCCGUCUGCGAGAAGCUGGUCCCAAACGCUGCUGUCAGCAUUCAUGGAUUUGAUUAAACAACUGGUUUUGAUUCAGUUAUCGAAAAGAACAAGAGACGACCAAAAGAAAAAUCUAAGGAUUUUGUAUAUUUGUCGGGGAAUAUGGAACAUUCGUUGCUUACAAUAUGAUCCUUCUUUAAACAAUAUCCUAAACAUCAUUAUUUCAUUCAUUGUAUCAUAUGCCAAAGCUCCUUUUCUUUUCUGA